AUGUCAUCAGGUUCAUUCAGUACCGAUGCGCCGGCAUCAAUCUCAACGCCGCCAAAGAUGAGCCACCCCGAGUCGGAAAAGCUGGCGGAAGAGAACCCCAAGGAUGAAGUUCAGGAUGUGCCACAGCCGACACGAAGCAAGUUGACGACCGGCCUCAUCAUGUUUGCUCUGUGCUUGGCCGUCUUCCUUGCUGCGUUAGACUCGGUCAUCAUCACCACAGCGCUGCCUACUAUAGCUAAAGAGCUCAGUGCUUCUGACACUGGGUUUGCGUGGAUCGGGUCUUCAUACCUACUAGCGAAUGCUGCGUCCUCCCCUGUCUGGGGGAAAGUGAGCGAUAUUUUCGGUCGGAAAUCGAUCCUCAUCAUUGCCAAUAUCGUCUUCCUGGCGGGCAGCCUGAUCGCCGCCUUGUCCUACAAUCUACCCAUGCUCAUCGGCGGCCGAGUCGUCCAAGGCCUUGGGGGCGGCGGCUUGAUCACUCUGGUGGAGAUCGCGGUCGGCGACAUGUUUAGCCAGCGAGAACGCGGGUUAUACUUUGGCAUCGUGGGAUGCGUCUGGGCAAUCGCGUCGGCCAUCGGCCCCGUCGUAGGAGGCGCCUUCGCCGAGAAGGUUACCUGGCGGUGGUGUUUCUGGAUCAACCUGCCCUUCGACGGCCUGUCACUCAUAAUCACCAUCAUUUGGCUCAACGUGCAUAAUCCGAGAACACCACUGAUGAAGGGUAUUGCGGCCAUCGAUUGGAUGGGCGCCGUUCUCAUCGUCGGCGCUACUUUGAUGUUUCUCUUCGGACUUCAGUUUGGUGGCCAGACAGCCCCAUGGAACUCGGCCAUGGUUAUUUGCUUGAUCGUGUUUGGGCUUCUUAUUUUCGUCACAUUCGGCAUUUACGAGUGGCGCUUCGCAAGGUAUCCAAUCAUGCCUCGACUGAUGUUCAAUAGCGUAUCGACGGUUGCUUGUCUAGUCGUGGUCUUCUUGCAUGGCCUGGGAUUCAUCGCGCUUCCAUUCUUCAUCCCUGUUUACUUCCAAGCCGUCUUGGGCGCCGGCCCCGAAGAAUCUGGUGUGUGGACGUUAGCACUUGCCCUUGCCCUAGUUUUCGUCGGCAUGGGCGUUGGAGUCUUCAUCCAGAAGACUGGACGAUACCUCGAGGUUAUUUGGGUCAGCAUGCCGAUACUCACGAUGUCAUUGGGGCUCUUCAUCAGUUUUGGUGUUGAUAUCAACUGGCCCAAGAUCAUCAUCUUUCAGAUUCUGGUAGCUGUGGGUGUCGGUGCCAACAUGCAGACCCUGAUCAUAUGCAUCCAGGCCCUGGUGCCUCAAGAGCAUGUCGCGGUCGCCACAUCGACUUUGGCUUUCAUUCGACAGCUCGCCCUGGCUAUCAGUGUGGUGAUCGGUUCCGUCAUCUUCCAGGGAAUUAUAGCUUCCCAUGAGGACAUCCUGGCUGGUAUCGGCCUCCCGACCGAGCUUGCGGCGCAAAUAGCCUCUGGCAGCUCGAUAUCGGCAACUGACAUGAUCCAAUCCCUAACCCCCGACCAAGUGGCUACGUACAAAUGGGUGGUAGCCGAUGCGCUAUCCAAGAUGUGGGCAUUUUACUGUGCCGUGUCUGGACUCGGCUUCAUCGUCAGCUUUGGAAUUCGGCGGAAGGAACUCCUGACGACACAUAAAGAGACAGAGGUCGGAUUGGAGGCAGAGGAGGCCAAGAGGCUGAAGGAGUUGUCCGAUAGAAAGCCCACAGCUACAGCAGUCGAUGGGCAAGAGGUGAAGGAGGCGUAG